AUGGGACUCUGGACGUUGCAUUUCGUGGUUGCAGUUUUAUCCAUAUGUGCUGUCAGUGGUCAAAAUGAGAGCGGACAGAACACAAGAAUGGUCACUGGAGAUGUGAAUCAGUUCUGGCGAUUUGUGCUCAACUCAAUGCGGAAUCGCGGUUCCGGUCGUACAAGCUUCACUGUUGUGUAUGAUCCGGACGGAAGACGUACAAGCGUCACAACGUCUAGCUUCUCAAGUAAUACCGGAAGUGGCACUGGUUCCCCACAAAACUUCAGAAUCGAUUCAGGUCUCUCUACCAACACCGCAAGUAGCACAGGUACUGACAUCUCUAUAGGUGGAUCUGGUUUUCCUAUAAGCAGCGAUAGCACAGGCAGAGCAACGAAUGCUAUAGACGCACCUCCACCACCUCCACCACCCGAAUUCUCCGAACCCACAGUGCCUCAAUCGAAGCCAAUCGUAAAACGACCGUCCGUUCCCAUGGAUAACAUACUGGGGAAUACUUGUACCAGUGAAUACAAAGCUUUAAAAGGACACACACUAUGCAUGCGAGACGACUCACGUGUGCGGGUUAGUGGAGUAUCAGAGGUAGAUAAGAAGAUGAUCACAGAUCUACAUAACGAUUACCGCUCUAAGGUCGAACCUCCUGCCACCGACCUCGUUACACUGAAAUGGGAUGAGCGACUUGCAUCUGUAGCUCAGAAGUGGGCGAAUCAAUGUAAAGCUGGUCAUGACAAAAUGCGAAAGAUUCCAUCGAUUGGCUUGUCUGUUGGACAAAAUGUGGCGGGAGGAUACAAGACAUGGGAAGAGGCAGUGUUCCACUGGUACGAUGAAAUUCGAAUGUGGAGGUACGGUAUAGAUCCAGAUUCCUACCUUGGCUUCGGAGGCUGGAGAAAAAUCGGUCACUUUACUCAGAUUGUAAACAAUGCCACGUUCUUGGUUGGAUGUGGGUACGCGGAGUGCCGCCGUAGUCAGUACACACGUUACUAUGUCUGUGACUAUGCAGCCGGCCAAUCGAACCUAGCCUUCCCAUACACUGCAGCUCGCCCCGGAACUGGUGAAGGCCGGUGUUCUGCUUGUCCAAACACGUGUAACAGGGGACAGUGUGAUUGCCAAGGACUUGUCUGUCUUAAUGGCGGAAAAUUGGAUCCUAAUUCAUGCACGUGCACAUGCACGAAAUUGUACUCCGGAAAAUCAUGUGAACAAUUGAUAUGCCCAGCCAAGGACAAGUGGAUUUGUCGUCGAGACUGGCCACAAAGCUACUGUACCAGAUAUACCAAUGUUCCAGAGGAGUGCCCAUACAUGUGUGGUCUUUGCAAAUCGGGAACUGGUAGUACAUCCGAAAUCACUCCGGAAGUUACUUAUGUAUCUUCAUUUGGAUGUCGAUAUGAGGGCGCGCGCUCAACUCUAGACGAAUGCAAAGCAUAUGGAAACGGCGGAGUCGACAUCCACGCAUGCGCAACUAAAGGUGGGAAUAUCACGUGUAACGACUGUGACAAGUUCUACAACGUCAAGCGUGACAUGUGUCCAGUCAUGUGUGGCCUUUGUGAUCCUCAGUGUAACGGAAAAGAGUGUAGAAAUGGCGGGACACUGGACACCAAUACAUGCACGUGUGAAUGUCAGGCUCCCUAUGAAGGAGACAUGUGUGAAACAGUGAACUGUGCUAUCCCAGAUAAGCGACACUGUAGGUUCUGGCCGGUGACACACUGCCGGAAAUACAUUAAUGUGCCCGCCGAUUGUCGGCACAGGUGUAGACUUUGUCGAUAGCGUGGGCCUUAGGUCACAACUCGGAAGAAAUCCUCUAGAAAUUUGACUCGGUGUCACAGCUUUGCUAGAUCCUUGUCACGUGACCACCAUUC